AUGGAUGUGCAUUCGUCCCAUUUGUCGUCCGCCCAGCCCUAUGCCUCGCAGGCCGCGCCCGCUGGCGCCAUGACCCACUACACGGGAUAUCACCAGCCACCCGUUCUCCAACCGGCGUCUACCUAUGGCCCCGCGAGCUCCUACUCGCAGUACGCCUACCCCAACAGUGUCACCUCGUCCCAGCCGCCAUCGUCCAUGGGUAGCCAUGUUCCCACUCAGUUACUGCCAUUGCCGGUCACUAGCCAUGGCGUGCCGCCGCCGGGAUACGGCAACAACACCGGAACGCCGCUGCAGGGCUACGUCUAUGACGCGACCGGUCAGGUGGCUCCCCCGGGAGCGAAGCCCCGUGUCACGGCCACUCUCUGGGAGGAUGAAGGGAGUCUUUGUUAUCAGGUGGAAGCCAAGGGCGUGUGCGUUGCCCGGAGAGAAGACAAUUCCAUGAUCAACGGUACGAAGCUACUCAACGUGGCGGGAAUGACUAGAGGUCGCCGGGAUGGCAUUCUGAAGAGUGAGAAGAUUCGCCAUGUGGUGAAAAUCGGCCCCAUGCAUUUGAAGGGCGUGUGGAUCCCAUUUGAGCGUGCGUUGGAGUUUGCAAACAAGGAGAAGAUCACCGAUCUGUUGUACCCCUUGUUUGUCCGGAACAUUGGAGGCCUUCUCUACCAUCCCACCAACCAGACUCGCACGAAUCUCGUAGUGCAAGAAUCCCAGCAGCGUCGAUUCGAGGGCCCGACGGCUCGCCCGUCCGAAGCCCCCCAGCCGCCGUCGCUGCACCAUCACGCGCUGCAGACGCCGGUCCCUUCGCACAUGGGUCAACCGGGCAGUCGCCCUGGCCUUGAUCGGGCGCACACGUUCCCGACCCCGCCGGCCAGCGCCUCGAGUCUCAUGGGGAUCACCAACCAGGGCAGCUCUUACGAGUGGAACAGCCAAGGCAUGAACUCAGGCGUCCCGAACACGCAACCGUUGUCGAUCGACACCAGCCUGAGCAAUGCGCGGUCCAUGCCGACCACACCUGCGACCACGCCUCCGGGCAGUAACCUGCAAGGCAUGUCGUCGUACCAGAGCCAGUCCGGUUAUGACAUGUCGAAACAGUACUAUUCGGCGGCGCCGGCGUCUCACAGUCAAUACGCGUCGCAACAGCCGCUGACGCAACCCAACAUGGCCUCGUACGGCCAGACCAUGCCCAACACGUACAUCAAGAGCGACAUGGGACCACCCUCGGCCCGCACUCCCGGUCAGCACGAGCCCGAAUCCGACAAGACCGAUCGGUAUGCCCAGAGCAACGGCCAUGUGAGUGGCGGACCCGGCGAGCCGGUGUCCGAGCAUGAGUCCGAGUAUGUGCAACACGACAGCUCCCGCUACGGAACCAACCAGGGCUCGUACACGUACACGACGAACCCGUCCGUCGGCAGUCUUACCGGCGAUCACUCGCAGCUGACCCCGGAAAUGACGGGCUCGCCGUCCCAGCAGAACGGUUCUGGCCGCAUGACCCCGCGCACUAGCACCGGGCCUCCCCCGCAGUGGACCUCUGGGUACAACACGCCGCCGCGCCCUACAGCUGCCAGCAGUCUCUACAACAUUGUUAGCGACACCCGCGGCACGUCCAACGGGGGCCCCGCCGACAACUACUCGGUCGCCCCGACCGGGUACUCAGGCAUGAACGGAUCGCUGGGCUCGGGCAAGCGCAUGCGUGAAGACGACGAUGUGGAUCGCAUUGUGCGGCCGGACAGCCGCGGCACCGAAUACGAACACAAGCGCCGUCGCACCCUGACCGAGACGCCUGUUGGAGGACCGGUGGGCGGCGUGCCACUGGGCCUGCAGCCGAUGAAGGCCGGUGGGGCGAUGCCCCGUCGGCAUUGA